CGUGUCCGCCGGUGAAGUGAAAGGGCCGGUCGGUGCGGUGAGUGGAUGAUCUCGGUGCUGAGAGUACGCUAGCUAAAGCUAAUGUUUCUGGGCUAAAGCGCACCGGCGAAUUUUAAAUCUCGUGCCCCUCCUAUUCUGGUGUCCACCAGCUUCCCCGCGCACACGUUCAAAACACCGCACUAAUGUAACCGCCGCACAUUUGCAUGUGUAGUAGCAGCAGCAGCAGCAGCAAUAGUAAUAGUAGUAGUUCACUCGGGUUGUGGCAGCGCGGAACAGGGCAGCUGUCUCGUGUUCCGCGCUGCUGGUCCACACGGCCAAGGCGGCAUAAUACUGUCCUGAAUACCGUACUGAAUACUGUCAAAUAAUAGGCCACCAGAUGGCGUACUGUUUUUGCCUUACUGUUUAGUACAGAUGAGAGCAGUACGGAUUUAAACCCGUGUACUGUGUAGUACAAUAAUAUACUAUGCGCUUGGGAUUGUGUAAUAGUCGGAUUUUAGUGUGUCGCCGUUACCAUGGCGUUCAUGACACAAUGAGAAUCCGAAUACGAACCCGAAUUCGAACAGAUGCGCACGCGGAGCGGCAAGUACCACACUUCGUUUUGAUUUGUUUUCCUUUUCUCUUGUGUUUUGAAAAGAAAACAAAAAUUUCGUCGUGUUUACUUUCGUUACUGUUUCGGCGCGAGGCCUGUGUCGUUCUCGCCCGCCGGAGUUAGCGUUAGCGUUAGCCCGGCUGUAAUUGGAGGACGGCGGUGGGAGUGAAGCGGUGUAGUGCCAGGGUUUGUCUUCUCCCACCACACUGCGUCUUCAGGUUAAAAUGCCCAAGUAGCUGUGAAGUAGCUACUCAAUAAACCGAAACUGUAACUGAACUCGUUACAUCCUGAGGCCGUGAAAGAGAGGACCCUGUUCUUAAUCAUGGCUAAUGCUAAGCCUGCCCAGUUACUGCCAUCACAUAGCUAAAGCCUGAAGAUUCGCAGAUUAUUAAACAGUAAACUCAAGAAUUUCUCACAGUGCCGGCUCUGUGUUUUUUUUUUUUUUUUUGGGGGGGGGGGUUGUUUGUUUGUUUGUAACCUACAACAGCGGGUUGGUUGUUUGGAAGUUCAAGGUUUCGCCAAUGUCGACAUUUCACUUGCGUUUCCUGCAAGUCACGUGGUGUCCUGGUAGUGUAGCAGGGUUCAGUCUGUCUGCAACAGUGCUACAUCAAAACGUGCACCUAAAUUCCUGUCUCCAGGAAACAGUUUGUAAGAAACAGUCCGUUUGGUUGAAAUGCUUUUAUAAUAAUGAUGAUAAUGCCGUAGUAACCUCUAGUACCAGACAGCUUUUCUGCCUCCAGCUGUUAAAAUGCAACCAUAAAAUGAUUCAUAAUGAGUGUAUGGCACUGGUAAGAUACUAUAUCAGCUACAUACUUACCAGUGCUUGUGGGGUUCCCCCCCCCCCUUUCUGGGAGAAGAUUUGAAUUAUACGACUCGCGUAGGGUGGCUAAACUAGAUAUUAAAGUGACCAAAACGUGUAAUAUUAUUAACAACAUAAAAACAAAUAAGUAAAUAGAUGUUUAAAAGUAUGGCUUAGAGAUUAUCAUGCUUGCCUUUCACCUCAAGGGUGGGGGCAUGAAUCCUGCUUCCCCCUGCAUGCUUGGAGCUUGCAUGCUCUUCCUGUUCAUGAGCUCCUUUUGGGUAUGCUGGUUUCCUCCCCCAGUCCAGAGACAUGUGUUGUAGGCUGAUUGGCAUUUCAAAAUUGUCUGUAGUGUGAAUGUGUGUGUGUUUGUGCCCUGUGAUGGGUUAGCACCCUGUCCAGAGUGUGUUCGGCCUUGUGGCCAGAGUUCCCUGGGAUCAGCUCUGGGUUCCCCCGUGACCCUGUGUAGGAUAAGCAGUACAGAAACUGGAUGGAUGUUGAGAAGGGAACUUUAUCUAAUCUGUGCAUUUUACAGAAUGAACGAUGACUAUAGUUGACAAAGCUUCAGAGAAAUCUGACUUUGAGUCAGCGCAGUGCAAGCACUCCAGCUCCCUGACUCCUGUCUCCUCUGGAGGCGUGGACAACGGCAGCUCCAGCUGGAGUGUCGACUCUUCUACAGCCGAGCUUUCCAGGGCCAUGGCUACGUGUGUUGAAGUUGCUGUGUAUGGAGGCACUACAACACUUCCUGCUGAGAGGACAAAUGAGCAAGUGGCCAUGAGUUUUGGCGAUGGCAUCACUCUGCCCCAAAAGGUCCUGUUUCCAUCAGAGCGUCUCAGCUUGAAAUGGACCCAAGUCCAUCGUAUUGGAGCAGGCCUCCAGAACCUGGGCAACACAUGUUUCCUGAAUUCAGCUCUUCAGUGUCUUUCAUACACUGCACCUCUUGCCAACUACAUGUUGUCCAGAGAGCAUUCCAAAACAUGUCAUGAGCCUGGAUUUUGCAUGCUGUGUACCAUGCAGAAUCACAUCACCCAGGUGUUUGCUAAUUCGGGGAAUGCCAUUAAGCCCCUUGGAGUGUUGCAUGAACUAAAACGGAUUGCAAAGCAUUUCCGGUGUGGGAAUCAAGAGGAUGCCCACGAGUUCUUGCGGUACACAGUGGAUGCUAUGCAAAAGGCCUGUCUGCCUUCCAAUAAACUUGACAGGCAAACACAGGCCACUACUCUGAUCCAUCAGAUAUUUGGAGGAUAUUUGAGGUCCAGAGUAAAGUGUGGGAACUGCAAAGCAGUAUCAGACACCUUUGAUCCUUAUUUGGAUAUUGCACUGGAUAUCAAGAAUGCCCCAACUAUUACCAAGGCUCUUGAGCAGUUUGUUAAGGCUGAACAGUUGGAUUGGGAGAACGCCUACAAGUGCAGCACUUGUAAGGAAAUGGUGCAAGCCUCAAAAAGAUUAAGCAUUCACCGCAACUCCAAUGUGCUCACCAUCUCUCUGAAACGCUUUGCCAACUUCAGUGGAGGCAAAAUCUCCAAGGAUGUGAGAUACUCUGAGUAUCUUGACUUGCGGCCCUACAUGUCUCAGUCUCACGGAGAGUCGCAGAUUUACGGGCUGUAUGCUGUUCUGGUGCACUCAGGCUUCAGCUGCUAUGCCGGACACUACUACUCCUACGUAAAAGCAAGUAAUGGUCAGUGGUAUCAGAUGAAUGAUUCAUCAGUGACUCCCACUGAUAUACGAUCUGUGCUGAACCAACAAGCAUACCUGCUGUUCUACAUCAAGCACGGGUCUACAGACCUGAAAAGUGGAGAUUCAACCCAGAUGGGUUUUACUCCAGGCCACUCAUCCCCACGACCAGUUGUAACACCCAAGCUAAACGGGCAUUCUUAUACCUCCUCAUCAAUAAUUGGACCACAACUCCCUCCUCACAUGUUAAAGAAUAACUCGUAUGUCAACGGAACUGGUUCCUCAAAGGAGCAUUACAGUGGCUCAAAGCCAAGCAGCAGUGACGUUAGCGGAGUGAACAAAGCCGCCUCCAAUUUGUCGCACUCUUCCAUAUCAUCCUCCGUUUCUCAACAACCCGUCCAGCCCACGGGCAUCCCAGAGCCACAGAAGAGGCCCAAGAUGAGCUUUGUCGUCGGCUACGGAAAGGUGGUGCGGUGCAACCGGACUCCAUCAACCUCCAACAGCUCAGCCAGUAAUUCACACCCACAGUCCUCAUCCUCUACCUCAAAAUUCCAGCGCUCCAAGCAGGUCAACGGCACAUCCUCGUAUCGCAGUGCUACUUUCCUGGUUCCUUACGACGAGGAAUCGUCUGAGGAGUCUGACCAGGAGAGUAGAGUCAUGGACAAUGGUACGGCUAAGCCUUAUGGCGUUGCCAAGGCAGCCAGUGGGGACGGAGGCAUGCACAGCCCUCACUCUCAUAGUUCAAGCUCACUCUUGCCCGAAAAAAACAGAUCUAACAGCUUGUCAGAGUCUCUCACUGGUGCAAAUGGGUCAGGACAUGGCCCCCUGAAUGGCUAUCACAAAGUCAACGGCUUCAAACAUCCUGACAAGGCAUCAGACAGUCCAACUUCUGAAUCGUCCGUAAGCGACACUAACAGUUUGGAUUCUCAGAGUGCGUCAAGCUCCAAGUCAGAGAGCCUCCUCUCCUCAACACCCUCCACGGAAAGGGCUAAACCACUCACUGAUCCGUUCACUAAGCCUGUCUCGCACCCAGUACCCGCACCUGGCGCAGACACCCAGACACUGGCUAAGCCAGCAGAAGUGACGCCUAGCACACAGGCAGCCUUAACAGAGGCAUCAAGUCAAGUGAAGGCCACAGCAGAGUCCACUCUGAGCAAUCACAGUCUCACCCAGCAGGCAAGUGAUGAACUUGCAUCGUCAAACAAACCCAAGGUGGAGACGGAGUCUGUAAACGGCACGAAUGGCAAAGACGACGUGAAAACAUGUCAGUCAGACAAACCCAGCUCUUGGGAAGGAAAAAGCCACCAAGAGCACGAUAGAGAUUUAAAGCAGCCACAUGUUUCUCCUGCCGCAAAGGACAGAGAUAAAGACAAGGAGAGUCAUCGAAACUACAGAGAGCUCCAGGACAGGAGCAGAGAACGUUAUGGACAUGGCCAUCGGCCAGAGAGAGAGUAUUAUCCACGUAAGGAUCGCUCCCGCAGUCACCACAGAGAUAAAGAGGGAGCUCGGUGCCGAGACAGAUAUGCGUACCACCGCCGAGACCACCAUUACAAAAGAGGCCGGUCGCGGGAUUGGGAGCGGGACAGGAGAUACCAGUCCUUGCACUGCUCUUCAAACCGCUAUUAUAGAGAGCUGGCCUGGCGCCGUGCACGCGAAGACAGUCAUGAUCGGUGGCACUACAAUGGAGAGCAGAGCAGCAAUAGAGCAAAGCCCUCCUCUCCACGUUCCACCAGCCCCUCGCCCCGGCACAGGACCAGAAAACUCAUCUUGUCAGGCGAAGACAGCACGUCUGAGGAGCGCAGGGCCAAGAAAUACAAAAAAUCUAAGAAGAAAAAUAAAGAUAAGCACAGGAGUUUGGAAAGGGACGUGUCCGACAAGGCCCAGGACAGCAGCUCCAGCCUACACAAAAAGAAGAAAAAGAAGAAGAGGAGGCGCGAGGCGGAGGACGGAGCUCGCAGGGAGAGACAGUCCACCCUCAGCUCAGACAAGCGUGAUUGGAAUGGCGAAGAGAGGAGAAGCCAUAAGUGCCGGCGCAGCUCUGACCGAGAUGGUUCUCCUCACCGUGCCAAGCUGUCAUGCACUGAGGACCAUCGCCAGCUCAACGGUCUCUUGGCAGGUGAUGGCGUAAACCGUUACAACGGAUAUGUCCAAGGAUUCUGUCAUAAAGAAAUGGAUGCACCGGUUAAAUAUGGAGACCUGAACCAUACUUCCUCUAACAAAAAUGGGAAGAUAUUCUUAUGUGGAGGAGACAAUGGAGAGACAGGCCCCGUGCCAUGCAGAUAAAACGGCGACUUUUGGAGACCUGCCUCAGACCUAAGAUCUCAGAGGACAAGGAAGAACUCGACACUUUCUAAAUAUUGUAAAGGUGCUUUAUUCAAUAAAGACAUACUGUAUUUUUUGCAACAAAAAUGCUUUAAAAAAUUUUUUUUUUAGGGUUAAGGAUUUUUUUUUAUACCAUGCUAUACAG